UACCAGUCCCUCCCUCAGAUACCGCCCAGGGCUUUCCCGGAAAGCAGUAGCAGAGCCUAAGAAUAAAAGUCUGUGAGUCACUGGCACGGCGCGAUUCGCGGCCACCGCUGCAUCCCGAGCUGCAUCCCGAUGAGCCGCCGCGUCCUCUCCGUUCUCGCCCUGCCUGUAGGGGUGUCCGUGGCCGCGGCCGCGGCAGGCGUCCAGCUCGUCUGCCAGGAAGGUGAGCAACAUGGGGAGAAAAAGGCCAGUGAGAGAGAGGAAAAGGCAACCAAAAGCAGGUGGUCCCUGAGUAGCCUGGGGAAAGGCACAAGGGAUAUCAAGACGUGCAACCUGACUGGAUGGUGGGAAAAUGAUCUGGGCUCCAAGAUGCAAGUGUUCAAGGUUGGCAACGAUGGAAGCUUCUCUGGCGAGUACCACACCGCUGUGUCAAGCGCCAAGAAACCCAUCCAGCCAUCUCCACUGAACGGCUCCCAGCAUCUGGAUGAGGACGGACAGUGCACCUUCGGCUUCACUGUCAACUGGAAGAAGUUUUCAGACUCCACAGCUGUCUUCGUGGGCCAGUGCUUCAAUGGGGAUGAUGGGAAGGAGGUCCUGCACACCUCCUGGCUACUGCGGGAGAAAGUUGACUCCGAGCCAGAUGACUGGAAAGCCACCAGGACUGGCCGCAACACCUUCACUCGGAUAGGCUGAAAGGAGGGAGAAGCAUCUUAUUCUGGAUGCACUUGAGAAACAGGAGUCAUUCCAGCAGGAUCAGUGUUUCCAGCUCUGGAGGGAAAUGUCUUAAAACACAUCAAAUAACAUUAAAGAUAUUUAAACACAA